AUGAAUUUUAUGAAUUCCGUGAUAUUGCAGUUUCUGCUAGCAGGCAUUGCUUUGUGUCGCCCUGCCGCAUCAACGAAUUACCUGGACUGGACAACAUUCAAUGCCGUCGGCGCCAACCUAGGCGGCUGGCUCGUGCAAGAAUCAACCAUCGACACUACAUGGUGGGCCCGGUACUCUGGGGGCGCCGAGGACGAAUGGGGUCUUUGUGCCUAUCAGGGCACUCAAUGUGGACCGAUCUUAGAACGCCGAUAUGCGACUUGGAUCACCACCGCCGACAUCGACAUCCUAGGUGCGGCUGGCGUCAACGUUCUGCGCAUCCCAACUACAUAUGCGGCGUGGGUUGAGGUCCCGGGGUCUCAAUUGUAUCAUGGAAACCAGCAGUCCUUUCUUACGAGUAUUUCCUCGUAUGCUAUUAAUAAAUACGGCAUGCACAUCAUAAUCGACAUCCACUCGCUUCCAGGUGGUGUAAAUGGGUUUCCCUUUGGCGAGGCCAGUGGACACUAUGGCUGGUUUAACAACCAAACUGCUCUCAAAUAUUCCCUGGAAGCUGUUGACGCGGCUAUCAAAUUCAUUCAAAAUUCGAAUUCACCGCAAUCAUAUACGUUGGAGCCUAUCAAUGAACCCGUCGACGUUCAAGAUCUCUCUCUAUUCGGAACCCCGUAUUGUCUUACCGACAGUGGCGCCGCAUACUUGGCAAACUACAUGCAUCAAGUCAUUGCAAAGGUUGAGACUGUGAAUAGUGAUAUCCCAAUCAUGUUCCAAGGCAGUUUCAAGGGCGAAGCCUAUUGGUCCUCGAACUUCAGCGCCGAAACAAAUCUGGUAUUCGAUGUGCAUAAUUAUUAUUUCCAAGGUCGAGCGGCUAGCCCUGGCAAUGUGACACAGCUCAUUUGCACAGAUGCUGUUAAUUCUGCUGGAGAUGGAAAAUUCCCGACAUUUGUGGGGGAGUGGUCUAUUCAGACGGAGAUUGGCAAUACCAUAGCAUCGCGUGCGACGAUACUUGAGACUGGGCUUGCUGCGUGGAAAAAGUAUACUCGUGGUAGCGCUUAUUGGACUACGAAGUUUUUAGGAAAUGCCACUGUUGAUGGGGAGGGGACUCAGACGGACUAUUGGAAUUAUGAGACAUUUAUUAGUUUGGGAUAUACAAAGUCGACAUCUGCAGCUGUAUUGUGUUAA